CACACUAGUAUUACUUCCCUGAGUUGAAUUACAUAUUUGUCCUUUUAGGCUUCAGUUAAUUUUUCUAUAUAUUCCCUUUCCAUGUGUAUGGGGCUCCCCACCGACUAUCCAGAAGCCAGUUUCACCUGCAGAGCUUUCUUCGCCAUUAACAAUGGGUUCCAGUUCCUCUCUUUCUUGUUCUUCCCUGUUAAUUGCCCUGUGGGCUGUGGUUGUGAUUCUGCUAAUCUCACCUGCAAAUUCACUCAACUGCACAUCCCAGAAGUUCACCAACAAGCUCUACGAAAACUGCACAGAUCUUCCCACACUCAAGGCCUCCCUACACUACACCUACAAUGCCUCCAAUUCCUCGCUUUCAAUCGCCUUCAAGGCUCCUCCAGCCAAGUCUGACGGCUGGGUGGGUUGGGGAAUCAACCUCAAUGGAACUGGCAUGGCAGGGGCUCAGGCUCUGGUGGCGAUGAAAAACGGCAGCAUAGUGGUGGUAAAGAAAUAUAGCAUCGCUUCCUACAGUGAUAUCAAGGAGACAUCGAAGUUAGCGGUCGAUGUUUGGAACUUGAGCUCAGAGUCUGACGCCAAUGGGAACUUCGUGAUCUUUGCUUCUGUGAAUAUCCCAGGAAGCUUGGAGAAGGUGAACCAGAUUUGGCAGGUGGGUCCGUCGGUUAAAGAUGGAUUCCCGGCGAAGCACGAGUUCGCCGCAGCAAAUCUGCAGGCAAAAGCAACACUGGAACUGGUGGCUUCAAAGAGCAGCGGCGGAAAUACAACCGAAUCAGGUACUAACUCCACUACCCCAGAUAGCCGGAGCUCUUCUACCAAUGGUACAAGUGCUGCUUACAAGAUUAAGGAUCUGAAUGUGAGAUUUCAAUUUGGAAUUUUUGCACUUCUGGGAAGUCUCAUGGUUUUCUGAAUUGGGUGAUUUUGAUUUUAGGAAAAUUGUUGUAACUUGAUGACUCCUAUGGUAGAGAUUUAAGAUAUUUAAUAUUUAAAAAGUGAAUAAUUGCUCUAUUUCUGUGAAAUUUCAUUCUUUUUUAUCGGUUCUUAUCA